UUGGAGUUGGAAGGUCUUCCGAGGCAAUCUUUUUCACUUAAUUUCUUAUGUGAUUACAGCUAUAAAGUAUGAAUGAACGUUUCAAAUUGUGGGUAGGUAGUUCCUACAGUGAAUUCCUCCGCCCGUAUUUCACAGACUGCACUCCACACGACCUCCUAAGAUAAUUCAUUAUAAUGUGCAUUUAAUAACGCCUUCGGAUAAGCCAGCCAGGACAUUUUUUCUUGAUCACAGCAAUUGGCAAGGACAGGAGCUCAAUAUGAUGGUAGAAAACACAGCACCCUUGUCCCAGAAUCAACUGUUCGAUUACAUUCGAUCAUUGAUCCUCGUCGAACAACGGGAAAAUAACGCGUUUUAUGUUUUAGAUCUGGGUGUCGUCGAUUCCCUCUUCAACACUUGGUCGUUCAACUUCCCGGUGAUUCAACCCUUCUACGCCGUGAAAUGCAACCCUCACGUUCCUUUCCUUAAACGAUUGGCCGAGCUUGGGACAGGGUUUGACUGCGCUAGCUAUGCCGAGAUCCAGACCGUUCUGUCCAUCGGGGUUCCGCCGAACCGAAUUAUCUUCGCCAACACUUGCAAACCUGAUUCCCACAUCAAGUACGCGGCUGAGGUUGGCGUUAACCUGACGACGUUCGAUUCGGAAAGCGAACUCGAAAAGAUGAAAAGACUUCACCCCACGUGUGAGCUCUUGAUCCGGAUAAGGGUACCCGAUUUAAGGGCUGUCAGCGACCCGCAUGAUGCUAAGUUCGGCGCACUUCCCGACGAAAUAGCUCCUCUCCUGAGAACAGCUCGAGCUCUAGGACUCAACAUCGUCGGCGUUUCGUUCCACAUCGGGAGCGGAGCUGUCGAUUUCGGGGCAUUCGAAGAGGCCAUCGCGGCAGCGAAAUCCGCAUUCGAAAUCGCGACCCAAGUUGGUUUUCCUGAAAUGCGGAUCUUGGAUAUUGGGGCUGGGUUCAACUCCGGUUCGAGGUUCAUCGGGGCUGCGUUGGCUGUGAAAAGAGCUUUGAAAAAGAACUUCCCCGACCGUGAAGCUUUGAGAAUCUUGGCGGAGCCUGGCCGUUACUUCGCCAGAUCGCCUUUCACUCUGGUGACUUGCAUCAUGGGGAAGAGAGUUCGAGGCGACGUGAGGGAGUAUUGGAUCGACGACGGGAUCUUCGGAUCCAUGUGUUGUUUGAAGAGUGACCAAGGUCAUGACGAACUGAAGUUGACUCCUCUGGUUCUUCGUGGCUCAGCGAGGCUGGGGACGAUGACAUACAGAAGUACGAUUUUCGGACCGACUUGUCAUCCUCUCGACGUUGUUUCGAGAGGCUACAAACUGCCGGAUUUGGAAGUGAACGACUGGUUGGUGUUUCACAACAUGGGAGCCUAUACUUCUGCGGCGGGCACUGAUUUCAAUGGAUUCAAAACUUCAGCCAUUCCAACGUACGCUGCGCAAUCUAGUCGGAGUGGAUGACUAUAGACAGGGCCAGCAUUCAGCCGACACGGGUCGCGUUAUUUCAUCAAAAUUAUACGCAAAUCACGUUGAUUCUAUAAAAAAACCCGAAAUCAACAUCGGGUUGAUUAUUUAAAUUAAUAGACAUAGCGAUAGAAAAAGAGGACGAAAAAAUGGGGCGAUUCUUAUUGGUGAAAGCGUACGAUGGAGAAAGGCGGUGAGGAAUAAUUAAGUGUGGCAACCAACGAUGGGACCCUGUAGUUACUCAAAGCUCAUCGGUACCCCUUUGUCUAUCACAACCACCCGUUUCUACCAGUAUAAUCGCUCCAUUUUCCCGUCGUCUCCUUUGUCUAUCGCUUUAUCUAUCAAUUUCAAUGAUUAGCCCAAUUAUUAGGGAGAAAUCAGCUCUUCGUUCCAAAUUAGAGUAACAGAAUUCAGACUUAAAUCGGUAGUUAAAAACAAAAUUUGGAAAAUACGAGUAUGAGGCUAUAGUUUCGGGGCCUGCUUCUGCUUUGAUACAUCGUGAUUAAAAACUUGGAGAAAUGAUCCAACGCACCACCUUUAAAAAUAAUUUUACUCCGUUCCCAUAAUAAAGAUGAGUUGGGUCAACUGAACUCGAAAUUCAUGUCGAAUGAGGCUUGAUUUGGAGGCAAUUAUUGUACUUUAGACUCACCUAAAGUCAAAUGAAUCAAAAUUUAGAGCCCCUUACCUGUAGUCCCAUAAAUCAAAAAGUCCUUGCCUCUAAGUCAAGCCAUAAUUUAUUCGAUCGCAUAUUCAACGUGAGAACAGAAUUAUAUUCAUUUUAUACACUGAAAGAAAGUACCAUUUCAUUGUAAAUUGUAUUUCAGUGGCAUUUAGUUUUCCGUUUUUAGCCUCAUUUUUUUUUGUAUUUGGUUUGUCAUAAUUUAUGCUAGAUUAAUAAAUGAAAUAACAUUUCUUUGUGGGUUAUAAU